GGAGGGUGUACUAGGUAGACCGGUGACUCCCUAAUACCGACACUCCUUAAUCCAUGUAGUUUGGCUGUAUUUAGAGGUUGAUGAGGAAGGAUAGGUGUUGCCAUAACAGACUGAUAGAGGUGAGGAGGGUUACACAGGAGAGACAAGCCGGUUCAGAGCGACUGGGUUCAUCUGAGAGAAGGAAGGAGAAGACACAGGGAUACAGACAGAAAACCCAGCAACCCGUUCCAACAAACUCCUACCUGGCUAUGACUGACGUCCUCCCCGGCAGCCAUGCCAGAACUCCAGAGCCAGAGCUCCGCCUGGUCCUCCUCGGGACCAUCGGCUGUGGCAAGACCCUGUCAGGAGACACCCUCCUGGGCCAGUCCUCCUCCGGCUCUCCUUCCUCCUCUGGUUCUUCCCCCAGGCUUUGCCAGCUGAGGCCUGGGGCCUCCGAGGGCCGGAGGUUGACCGUGGUGGAGGCCCCUCGCUGGUACUGGAGCGGGGGCCACAUGGAGGCUGGGGUGAGGAAGGAGACAGAGAGGGUACUUGAGCUGGCUGCCCCGGGGCCACACGCCUUCCUGCUGCUGGUUCCUGUCGGCCAGUUCACAGAGGUGGAGCACAGAGUGCCCGCUGAGCUGGAAGAGGUGUUUGGGGAGGGGGUGUUGAAACACACCCUGGUGCUGUUCACCUGUGGAGACUACCUGAUGGGCCAGGGGGCGGGGCAGUACCUGGAGGGAGAGGACCCUGGGCUCAGGGAGGUGAUUGACAGGUGUGGGGGCCAAUACCACGUCCUCAACAACCGCCGACCGCAGGACAGGGAGCAGGUCAGGGAGCUGCUGGAGAAGGUGGAGGACAUGGUACAAAAGAACAGAGGAUGCUACAUACGACAAAACACCCUGCAGAGAGAGAUGGAAGAACAAGGGAGGGAGAGAGAGAGGGAACUGAAGGAGAAGGUGGAAGAACAAGGGAGGGGGAGAGAGAGGGAACUGAAGGAGAAGGUGGAAGAACAAGGGAGGGAGAAAGAGAGGGAACUGAAGAGGUACAAAGUGGAGGAGAAAGAGACUGUGCUGGAAUCUAGACACGUCACAAACACAGAGACACGCAGAUAUUGUGGAAGCCAGAGAAGAGAGGUUACACCUAACUCUGCUAUAGAGAGGAGAAGAGAGGAAGAGAGGGAAGAGAUCAAGAGAGGGGAAGAGAGUGAGGAGAUGGAAAACUGGAAGGAAGAGAUGGAGAAGAUAAAGAGGGAUGAGAGAAGGAAGAGCAGGAAAGAGAAGGAAGAGAUGGAGAGAAAAAUAGAGGAAGAGUGGGAGAAGAGAAGAAAAGAUGAGAUGGAGAAGAGAAGGAAGAGAGAGAGGGAACUGAAGGAGAAGGUGGAAGAACAAGCGAGGGGGAGAGAGAGAGAACUGAAGGAGAAGGUGGAAGAACAAGCGAGGGGGAGAGAGAGAGAACUGAAGGAGAAGGUGGAAGAACAAGCGAGGGGGAGAGAGAGGGAACUGAAGGAGAAGGUGGAAGAACAAGCGAGGGGGAGAGAGAGAGAACUGAAGGAGAAGGUGGAAGAACAAGCGAGGGGGAGAGAGAGGGAACUGAAGGAGAAGGUGGAAGAACAAGCGAGGGGGAGAGAGAGGGAACUGGAAUCUAGACGCGUCACCAACACAGAGACACGCAGAUAUUGGGGAAACAGGAAAAGAGAGGUUACACCUAACUCUGUUAUAGAGAGGAGAAGAGAGGAAGAGAGGGAAGUGAUCAAGAGGAGAAGGGAAGAGAUGGAGAGGAAAAGAGAAGAAGAGAUUGAGAGGAGAAGGGAAGAGGGGGAAGAUAUGGAAGAGAAAGUGACUGUGAAACCCUUGGUUAACUGUCUUCAAUCAACACCAGCACAACAGCAGCAGUCAAAAAAAACCCAGAAUGGUGGUCCAGCACUGUUCACAAGGAUCCCUAGUUUCCAUCUGACUGAAGAGGGCGAUAUACUCUCACAGCUGUCCGAAAUCGAAGCAAAACCAGCCCAGAAAGUUGUUAAUACCUUCUGCCACAGAAUCAACAGCAUUGGAGAGAAGACAACCACCUCCUCCUCCUCCCAGUCAGAGUUGCGUGUGGUUCUGCUGGGUAGGUCAGGGUCAGGGAAGAGUGCAGCAGGUAAUAUCAUACUGGGGCGGGAGGAGUUUGUGUCUCGACCAGACAUUACCACAGCCGUCACUCAGGACUGUCAGAAGAGCAGGGCCCUCGUUGCCGGGAGACGGGUGGCAGUGGUGGACACUCCAGACUGGUUCCGCUCCGAGCACCCUCCCGAUGUGGUCCGCUCCCAGCUGUCGUCCUGUGUGGCCCUCUCGGCCCCUGGCCCCCACGCCUUCAUCCUCUGUGUCCCCGUAGACCAACCAGCCCAGGCAGAGCUGCAGGCUCUAGGGGCCCUAGAGAAAGUCUUUGGUCCCGGGGCGGUCCGGACCCACACCCUGGUCCUCUUCACUCACUCCGAUCGGUUGAAGGAGAGCGGGAAAGUGGGAGUGGAAGGAGUGGAGAAGUAUAUCUCCAGCCAGAGGAGAGAUUUGUUAGAGUUGGUUAAACGAUGUGGGGAUCGGUAUCAUGUGAUGGAGAGAGGGAGCGGAGGAGAAGGCGAGGAGGAGAGGAAGAGGAGGAGUGUGGGGGAGUUAUUGGAUAAGGUGGAGCAGACGGUGAGAGAGGGAGGAGGAGAGUGUUUCUCCUGUCCGCUCUUCCAGGAGGCGGAGGAUAGGGUGAGACAGAGACAGGAGGAGAUAGUGAGGGGAAGAGGAGAGGAGGUGAAGAGACAAGCGCUUCAUUCCUACUCCAUGCAGCCCUUGAGAGAGACAGAGGAAGAUGAGGAGGAGAAUGAGAGAACGAGAGAGGAGGCGGAGAAGAGUGUGAGCGCCCUGGAAUUGGAAAAUCUUCCCUCGCUCUCGUCCUCUCCUGCAUGGUAUUCGUCGCUCCUUCGCUCGGUGUGGGAGAAGGUGGGGGCGGGAGCGAGUAAGGUCCCCAAGCUGACGGCUGGAGGUGCGCUGCUGGGUGGGGUGGUGGGCGUGUUCUUUGGAGGGCCCAUAGGGGGAGCUAUAGGGGCCACUGCUGGAUCUGUGGUCACUGAGGUGGGGAGAAGGAGGUUUAGCCAGACAAAGAACUCAGCAGAAGAGACAGAUGCCACAGGGAGAAUAGAAGGAGAAAUCUUGGACAAGGUGUUGAAAACAGAGUGAGAGAGUCAGAUCCGCACACGUUGAUAUGGAUGUACAGUACAGCAUGUUAUGAGAGAUUAUUUGAUAGGUUUCUACCUAUGAUAUAUAUCCACCUGUGACCGUGCAGACGUUGUAUAUAUCUGUGAUUAUAAACUGGGUUGGUCGAGCCCUGAAUGAUGAUUGGCUGACAGCCAUGGUAUAUCAGACAGUAUACCACGGGUAUGACAAACAUUUAUUUUUACUGCUCUAAUUACAUUGGUAACCAGUUGAUAAUAGCAAUAAGGCACCUCGGGGGUUUGUGAUAUAUGGCCAAUAUACCAUGGCUAUAUACCACGUUGCGUCGUGCCUAAGAACAGCCCUUAGCCGUGGUAUAUUUUCCAUAUACCACACCCCCUCGGGCCUUAUUGCUUAAACAUAAUGUUGGUAAUAUUGUAUAUCUGUGAAUAUAAUGUUGGUAACAUUGUACAACAUAUACUGAUGUUUAAGUUGUUUUGCAGCAAAUACCGGUUCUCAUUGACUAUUUCAAUGUUUUGUUGUAUUUCUUUUCCAGCUAUUACAAUUAUGACUUGUUAAAUAA